AUGGGAACAAUGUUCGUUGACUACUCAGGCCUUCAAAGGUUCAGCAGCAUAAACAAAAGCUUCGGCAACAGUUACCUACAUCUGUUACAUUAUAACGGGCUUGAAACGGUUGAAGAAAGACUGCGGGAGCUUCAAAAAAUUGAAAAGACGGUUGAGGCAGUGCAAGCACUUCGACCAGAGGACGUAAAAGAUUGCAUAAAGGAUGUAGAUUUUUUGUUUAAACUAGCCAUAUCUGUGCAACAGAUGGUGAAUCAGUAUGAUGUGAUCAAGAGAUGUCCUACGCUAUAUGUGACCAAAUUUGCGGAUGAUAAAGACUCACAGGUCGACAUGGCUCUCCCAAUGAGUAAUAGUGACGUCUUAAGACAGACGAGGAAAGAGCUUUACUCAAACUUCGAUAAGUUUAGGUCACCUCUGCUGGAGGAGGUGAAAAAAUUGAUUUUGGAUCUGAGACCAAGUGAUGCUUUUGAAGAGUUUGAUCAAUGGCACGUUUUGCAAAAAUGUCUAUUUUAUGAGAGCUGCUCUAACAUAUCGAAAUUUAUCAUUCCAAAAAUAGACAUUGUGAUUAUUCCAGUUUGUUUCCCAAUGGAGUUCAUCAACCAGGUAAAUAACGAGGGGUUUAUAAAGGGAGAAUCUAAUUUAAAUUUCAUGAAAUUUGAUCUUGGUCUGAGAUCACAGUCUCUUGAGAGCCUUCGGAAUGACAGUUUAUUCUUGAGGGGCACGAAAGCUAAAAUAUCAACAAUUUGGAAGGAUGGAGACGCGGAAGAUUUCAUUGGAACCAUGUGCGAAUCUAGUUCUGCCUUCAAGAAGCAUGUGGUAUCUCCUGAGCAUUGCAAGCGUCCAGGCUUUGCGAGUCUUUUCAGAGAGCUCUUUCCCGAAAUGGCUGAUAUACACAUACCUCCAACGCCAAUUGCCAAUGCUCGAUCAGUUCGCAAAUCAUCACAAACUUCCAAACUUCAAACCAGCACUGACUUUGCAGAGCCUUUGUCUGCUUCUGCUACCGAAAAUCAUAGCUUUUAUGAUAUCUUCUCACCAUUAAGUUCAAACAACCUACCAACCGCGGUUACUCCAGCUGACAUGGAGGUUGCAAUGGCUGAAAAUCUAAAAGUGCCAUACAUUAGGACAAAACAGAAACCUGCUGCAGUACAUACAAAAUGUAAUAUGGCAUUCCCUGCGCCGCCGCCCUCAUUACUUUCGCCUUUUGAAGAGUUUGAAACGCACUCUGGCAUUGACCAGCAUUCGUUGAGGGGAAAGCUGAAAAGCAUAAUUACCAGAGCAAAACAUAGGAAUCAAUCCCAACGUGAGCGAAGAACAUGUGAAUUUGAUACUAUCGGUUCGUUUGCUGAAUUUCAAACCCAAACCUGGAAUGAGAUGACGAGCAAAAAGUUCUUGAAAUUCAAAUACAAAAAGUUCAAACGUAAUUGUCACUACUUAAGAGACAUUGCGAAACAGUGUUUCGAAGACCUUCAAGAUGCCAGUUCAAUCUAA